AUGAUAACUCAACAUCAAGAGACGCUCAACGACAAUGACUCCGAUGCAGUCAUUAUCGGCCAUGAGGACAUCAGGAAUUACAACCCGGAACAAAUUCUUCCAGAAUCCCCCGAGACCCUCCAAAAGAUUCGCGACUGGCUCAAGCCUACCGCGUACGAUGCUCCUGGUGGGGAGUAUGAGAAGCACCUAAAAUCCCAUGCUCAAGGCACAGGGACCUGGCUCACUUCAAAUGAAACUUAUUCAAAGUGGCUCGGAGGCUCAGAGGAGGGCUUGCUUUGGAUUCAAGGCAUUCCCGGAUCGGGUAAAUCAGUGAUCGCAGCGAACUUGAUUCACACCCUAUCAACCUCUCAUCCGGGAGCCCCUGUGUUAUUCUUCUUCUUCCGGCAGAUCAUCAAUGCCAAUCACAAGCCUCAAGCCCUGUUGCGAGACUGGCUAGACCAACUCUUGACCUAUAGUCCUCCUUUGCAAAAGGAAUUAAAAGGCUAUAUAGAUGCAGGGCGAUCAAUUGAAAGUCUAUCAACGGAGAGCCUUUGGAAAGACUUACGGAAGGCAUUGAGUUCUCUUCCUGGCAGAGUCUUCUGCGUUGCAGAUGCUCUUGACGAGAUGGACGGUGGGAAUGAGUCUUUUCUGCAAGACCUCGCGUCACUCGGAUCAUUCCGACCAGAAAAGGUCAAAGUACUGGUCACCAGCCGGCCUGUCCCCAAUGUUGGGAUACCACUCCGAAAAGUCACUCUGUUACAAAUUCGAUUAGAAGAAAAACUAGUCGACGUGGAUAUUUCAAUCUUUGUCCAAUCGGCACUUUCUGGCUCUAAUUUACCACGAAGCGAUCAGGAGCUGAUAAGAAAUGCAGUGCCAGGGCGGGCCAACGGGCUUUUUCUCUAUGCCAAGCUGGCAAUGGACGCGUUCCUUGAACCUGACGCUGGGAUUCAGCAAGUCAUUCAAGAACUUCCAACUGAUAUGAAUGUGUUGUACACCGACCUUUUGACGCAGCAUGCACAAAGAUCAGGGGUACCCUCUGGUGCUCAGCAUCUCAUCCUCCAAGCCGUUACCCAUGCCACACGACCUCUUCGCCUGCUUGAACUUGCCGAGAUGAUUCGAUUUAGUGAUCCGGAUAACUCUUCCAGAGAUCUCAAAGCAACAAAGGAGUUGAUAAGAACUGCUUGCGGCCCCCUUUUAGAGAUCCUCACCGACGAGACGAUAUCGGUCAUUCACCACUCAUUCACUGAGUACCUGAAAGGGACAACAAGAUCCAGCAAGGAGUCUGGAUAUCCCAUUCUACACCCUGGCCCCACGCAUGCGAAUCUUGCUUUUGAAUGUCUUCGCUACCUCGAAUCCGAGGAUGGGGGCAACUACUGGAUCAACUGUAUCGGCGGCAUGCCUCAGCCCAAGGUUUCAUUAUUUGGACUUAGUAGCGUGGCUGACGCAUCGGAAAAAGAAGCCCGACUGAGACUUCAACACCCAUUUCUUGACUACGCUGCGAGAAACUGGCAUCGACAUGUUCGAAAGUCAGAGAAUGCAGGGUUUGAUCAAGAUGAAAUCAAUAUUCAAAUUCAAAGAUUACUUGGGCGGGAGAUGUCCAGGGUGUCACCGAUUCAUAUCGCGGCAAAGUUGGGACUGGCAUCCUAUGCCCGAGACGUCGUUCUGUCAGAGGAUAUUGACCCCAAUAUCCCUGACUGGGAUGGACUCACUCCAAUGUGGCUAGCAGCGAGUAAGGGGCAUCCAGAAAUGAUCCGCGUGCUGGUUGCCGCUGGUGCAAAUCCAGACCAGGAGAUCGCUUCCUCCGGGUUGAAACCUCUGCACGAGGCGGCAACUCAUAAUCAUCAUUUGGUUGUGCAGGCCCUACUGGAAGCUGGAGCCGACCCCCUGACCCCAAAAACCAAAGAUGACUCUAUAUUCUCUUGUGGGAGCAGGACAAGCACAAGAGGCCACACGCCGCUAAUGUACGCAUGCCACAGCGGCCACGUAAAAAGUGUCGAGGUAUUCUUAUCCUUUUUAAAAGAUAUCAACACGGUUCAUCAGGUGUUGAUGUGGGCUUCCGAGAUGGGCAAGUCAGAGGUUGUUGCGAGGAUUCUACAGUAUCCUGGUGUCGAUCCGAACACGAAAGUUCAGGGUGAUACGCCGCUAUUCCGAGCCUGUGCCUAUCCUGACCUUGGAACAGUACAAGUGUUACUGAAUGCUGGUGCAGAUCCAACAAUCGGUAGUGAAAGCCGCCGGGAUGGAUUCGGUUGGUCUGAUUUCAACGAUUCCCAGAAGCAACCCCAGACCUACAAUUGCCUCCAUCGACUAUGCGGUUUAGGGGCAAAUGUUCCCUCCAAUACUAGAAAACCUCUGGAAAGUGACCUCUGUGAGAUUUUGCGAUUGCUUGUUGCAAAUGGAGUUGAUGUGCACGAACGCACUCCACGAGGGCAAACUGCAUUACAUGGCGCGGUACGCUCAGUCGGCAUGACCCGUGCUCUCAUAGAAGCUGGAGCAGAUGUCAACGCGGUUGAUUCAUUGGGAAACACCCCUCUUUACAACGUUAAAUCGUCCGAGGUCUUGCAGAUACUGGUUGAGCAUGGCCACGCCAACAUCGAGACUAUCAAUGCUAGAGGACAAACUCCCCUUCAUUUCAUGCUAUCUUUCUUUGCAAAUGAACCGUCCGGUAUAGAAUCUAUCGUCAAGUUUAUUGCAUACGGCCCCGAUUGCAACAUCCCUGAUGGUGACGGGAAUAGACCACUUCACAUUGCGCUACAGCCCGCCUAUCCCAAGGCACCGCUCAUCGAAGCCCUACUUCAUGGAGGGGCUGAUCCAUGUCUAAAGAAUGCCCGCGGAGAAUUCCCCUUACUCUCAAUGCGUCUGUCUCCGGAAUCAAUGCCAGCCAUCAACAUGCUUCUAGAUGCGGGUGCCGACAUUAACGCGGCCAACAGCAAUGGGGAGACUUUGCUCUUCGGGGGCCUUGCAAAUUUCUCCUUUGAGAAAGAAGACGAGGGCCGUUGUGUUAAAGCCUUGGUAGAGAGAGGUGCCGAUAUUGCAGUUCGUGACCUCGCAGGUCGCACUAUUCUACAUGCAACUGUUGGAACCCACGCUUUUUCCGCUUUUUCGCAGGACGAUACAAAAUCUACUUAUGGCUGCAGGAAAUUGGACGUCUUGGUCAGCCUUGGCCUCGAUCCCCAGGCUGUCGACUCGGCGGGAGACACCCUCCUUCAUGAGCUGGCGGAACGAGCGCGAGCCACAUCAAAUCUAGAUCAUGGCUACUCGAUGGUGGACUGCUGGAGGAAGCUGGUGGCAAAUGGCUUGGAUGUAGACCAGAAAAAUCACGCUGGCCGUACUGCACUGCACAUUCUGUCUGCCACAGACGCCAGCUGGCUAACCACCGAACCUGGGCGGCCAGCACCAAUUGACUUUGUGAUUUCCAAAACUUCGAACAUUGACAGUCCCGAUGAGGAUGGAAUCACGCCGCUUCAUCUGGCUGCAGCCGGUAGUGUUUCAAAUACAGCAAAGCUGCUUGAAGCCGGUGCAGAUCCUACACUAGCUACGCACGAAGGCUUGACGGCUCUUCACUUGGCAUGCCGUGCCAGGCAAGGCAACACAGUAGGGCUUCUCAUCCGUUCUCUUCGAUCAAGACUGGAGCAGAGUGCCCUAGAUCUUUCAUCCUCGUCUGCCGUCAGUUUGAAUGCUAAAGCCAAGGGAGAGUUCGAUUAUAUAACUCCUCUCUUCUACGCCUGCCGAUCGGGGCAACCUGAAACUGUAGCCCUCCUCAUUGAAGCUGGUGCUGAUAUUAACGAGCAUGCGUUGAAAGGGUGUGCCGGCUUCGAAGAUGAGAAUUCGCUUUGGAAAAGACACAAUGGUCCACCGAAAGGUCCUUCCUUGUUUGGAUCAUCGCCAUUUGCGGUAAGAGAAACUCAAACGCCGACGAGUAUUUUCAGCAAUGUGUCCAGAGCUCCCACAAGUCCCGCUAAGGUAGCAUACACCAACCCGGUCAAGUUGGAAGAUACCGCGCGUCCGGCAGACGGGCCUUCCAGUUUGAUGUCAGAUAUGGGGACAGCAGUAACAGCCAGGUUCGAGGAGAUCUUGGAUAUGCUUCUCAGCAAAUCUGCAGCCCUGCUGCCGUUGCUCCAAGGUUUCAUCGAUGAGGCCGUGAGAGACCAGAAAGCCUACACUGCCAGAUGCUUUUUAGACGCCCUCAAGAGAUACAGGUAUGGAUCAAAGCUGGAGGACGUCGUGGAGACUACCAACUCUGAAGAUAGCGAUAUCUAUAAAGCAGAAACAAGACUGUUAGAAGACGUAAAACCUGGUGAAAGCAACCAGGAGCUCUUCAAAGAGUUGCUACAUCAGAGACAAUAUCAAGCCGUAAAUGAAAUAGCCAGGAGGAAGGCUGAUUUUCUUACUAUCCCUGAAGGGGCGGUUGACUGCAAUUUUUCUGUCCUGGUUAAGAAUGGAUUUUCUUCACUUGUCAAAACAGUUGGUGAUAUUGAAACCACAUCAAGAUUGGUUGGCGGCCAGUGGCAUGCCUUUGGAGACAAGACACGUCCCGGUCUUUGGUCUGAGGGGAACAAUGAGAUCACAACGGCAGGGCCAGCACUUCUAGUUCAGGCGGUGUCACGACAACUGCCCAAUAUGGCCGUUGUUCACCUUUUGGUUGAGGACUUCCAAGUCGACAUCAAUGAGUUCGAAUAUCAACGCCAGCGAGUCAACAAUGAGUCCAUCGUGGUUCCAACCAGUUCAGCACUCCAUCAGGUCGCGCAUGGCCACACCUGGUGGCAAACUUUUCAAGCGCUUCCCUACUUACUCAAGGCUGGUGCAAAUAUAGAAAUCCGAAAUUUUAAAGGCGAGACCCCUUUACUACUGGCCCUUGAGGAAUUAUCGACUCGCCCUGGCCUCUUUCAGAAAGAUGUCGUCAGAACUUUGCUCGAAUGGGGUGCGGAUGUCCAUGCAAUUGAUAAUGUUGGCAACAGCUGCCUUUCCUACGCAAACAAGGACAUCAGCCUUCUAAAGGCCCUCAUGAAGCGGGGGGCGACACCGUCUACUAGAGCCGUCUUCGCGGCAAUAGAACAGCUCAAGGUUGAUGCUCUCGAGGCGUUCCUGAAGGCCGGUUUUGAUCCUAACACAAAACGAGUAGACCAGCCCCCGCAGGUCUUGGGAUCAGGUUUAUUUGGGAAACGGACCGAGCCACAGGGAUCAACGGAGGAUCUGCCGAUAUACUAUGCUUGUUUAAAGCUGAAGGACUUUUCGGGACCACCGGAUUCUGACAAGCAUAAAAGGAUGAUGGAGAUUGUGCAGAUGUUAUUGAAGUAUGGAGCUGAUCCAUUCGCAAAAUUCCUCGUCAAAGCCACGGCCCCGUAUUCCAACCAUGGUAAUGAGAACAAGACGAAUCCCUUCCAUAAGGGUAUAACCUCACCAAGUGUCCCUGAAGGAUAUGAAGAACGCACGGUAUUGCACGAGCUGAUGCGACGCGGCGAACCACCAAACAUCCUGCUUGGCAUUGAAGGAUUAGAGAUCAAUCGCCAAGAUGCCCAAGGCCGGACGCUUCUCCAUGUGGCCUGCCAGAACAACCCCGACCAAAUCACCACCGCUGAUGAGGAAGGUGGCCAUCAACUGACUCGCUUUCAGAAACUUGUUUCUCUCGGAGCUUCGCUCGAGGCUCGGGACAACUUUGGUCGAAACAUCUUGCAUUAUCUGAUCGAUCGCGAUGUCUACAUAGAAACACCCAAGCUUACACUUGGUCAUAUCCUAGACCAAGCUCCACAUCUAGUCUUGCAAUCAGACAACGCAGGAAACACACCUCUUCACAACGCAGUGCACCUCGCUGCUUUCAGACGGCACACUGAUACAGCAGAGACGCUCCUCUCCGCCGGAGCUGACGCGCUCGCCGUCACAAAGAGCGGAGACAACAUGCUGCAUCUCCUCGCGACAAACCUCGACACUCCCGAACUACGAAAUCUCUUCCACGAUUUAUCGAGGCGCGGCGUUGACAUCAACGCACGCAACUCGUACGGAGAGACCCCAUUGUUCGCCUUCAGCAAGCGCAUCAAAAAGAUGCCAGGAGGCUUGUUCGGCGGUGGCUCUGGCGGCUUGUUCGCCCCCCAACGCGAGUAUUCAGAGGAUGGCGCUCUGCAAUUAUUUCAAAACCUUGGCGCGGACUUCUCUGUUAAGAACGGUAAAGGUCGGGGCCUGUUGCAUGUUGCGGCGCCUGGGGACGUUGGGCGGUUCAAGGAGUUGCUGAGCGUGGGGCUAGAUCCGAUGCUUGAGCAUGAUGCCCAUCAGACGGCCAUUGACGUCGCGGCAGCUUGUGGGAACCAGGACGUUUUGGCUUUGUUUGAGAAGAAGAACUAA